CUUCGACGUGACACCGCGACUUGUAUGCUCUGGUGAUCUCAUCGCGUCCUGGACUUCGCGCUCGGCGUUGCAAGAAGAUCCCUAAAUCACAGUCUGUCUGCCCUUGGGAAUUCCUGUUGUUCGUGUUGUUCGUCUGCCUGUUUGGAGAGAGAAGCGACUAUAUUGUUGUGUCUGUUGGAACUCCCAGUUGACCCCGAGUCGUUUCUCGUCCACUGAAUACAAAAUGGCGUCUCCUGCAAGACGCGUGCUUGGUGACAAAGAUCCCAACGCGCCUAUCCAGCAACAACCCUCCAAAGUGCCAAACAGAGUCUCACAGCUCGCCAGUCCUGUGGCACCGCGAAGCUCGACAAAGCGUCCUCUCUCCCCGGAACAGUCACUUUCGAGCAGUCCUCGAACCGGCCAGAAAAGGAAGAUUGGAGAAAUACACGGCGGAGAACCAGCACAGAUCCAAGAUACAGCUGCAACAUUCUUUCUGUCACAAACGACCGAGUUGUUGAGCGACACCCGGUCCGAAAAUGAAGACAAUGUACAGACCUCGACGACCCAGAGCAGGUCGACUUUGGCCACCACUCUCACCACGUUCCGUGCCUCGCAGGAAGAAUCAUCUCAUAUCGAGAGCGAAUUCCACAUACAUGACGAACCGAGCCAGCAGACCCUGGACAAGAUGCACGCCGUCACGUUCACCCAAAGCACGUCUCAACUUGUCCCACCGAUACGGCCCAACUUGGCCAAGGAAGGCUCUCAAGUCAGCCUGAGCAUGUCCAGCCUGAUCGACUUUGACACCAACCGCUCGUCGCAAGAGGAUGAGAUGCAAAUGAUUGACGAACCCGAGAUAGUCGAUGGCCAAGAGCCCAAGACAGAGGAAGACGCCAGGAAGCAGAUGAUGCUCGAGAAAGCUGAAACCCUCCGCACUCGACUCCAACUAGCCCUGUACAAGAUUCAAACCAACCAGAUCACGAAGCCGUUCGCUCGGCUUCAGGUACCUCGAACCACAUCUCCUCCACCGCAACUUCCUCCACCCUCUUCCUCCCCGCACUCUUCGUCGACUGUGCGACAGAGCUCCGUCCCAGAGAUGUCGGCCGCUCAAGAGGCUCGAGUCGCUAUAGCUCGUGCUCGCGCGACCAUGGGUCCCAGACCGACGGUUAAGAAUCUCUCCAGCCUGCCUACGCCAGAGAUAGUCCCGACAGCCUUCUCGGCGAGAUGGAAUCAUGAAGUGCACGCCCAGCCAUCUAAUAUUCCCAGCAGUCCUCCCCUCUCACAAGCAGACUGCACUCCUGAAGCCUCCGGAGGAGCAAAUCAUCAUGACAGCAAGCCUAGCACGCCAUUACAGCUGUCUAGCCCAGCCCCUAGUCAAUGCGGAGAGGAUGUGGAAGGGGAUGCCGACACCCGACGCGACCACCUUCGAAUUGCUGGUCUCACCAGCAGCGUGAUCAAAGGAGAAGCUGCGAACAGUCUGCUGGAGCUUGUCCGGGGAGUGAGAUCCGGGGGAGUUGGGAUGUGCGGCGUAUGACCAUGUGAGCUCGAAUUUGGUUUUUCCUGAAAUAUUGCUAUCGAUCUGUGGCCAGCAAGGCAGCGUCGUUCAAGGGAUAUUGAGCACAGAGUGAGAUCUAUACCGUGGCGUUUGAGAUGUGUUUUUGCUAUGUUAGACAUUCAUCUGCCGCACUCACCGUCCAAUGAAUUUAUGGGGGGAGCACCAUUGGGCCUGAGAUAUGGCUCGUGGCAUGGCCCUUCAACCCGACUAGUAUCUUUUGAAUCGAG